AUGAUUAAGGGGGUAAAAGGCGGCCCGGAGAACAGCAGCCACUCGUUCCGCGGAGUGCGGCAGCGCACGUGGGGGAAGUGGGUGGCGGAGAUACGGGAGCCGCGCAGCCGGAAGCGCGUGUGGCUGGGCUCGUUUGAGACGGCCAGGGAGGCAGCGCUAGCAUACGACCGCGCCGCGAGAGUGUUUCACGGGUCGCGAGCGAGGUACAACCUGCUACUUGACCCCGACGCCGUUGGCGGCGGUGGUGGCGGUGGUGGCGGUGGUGGCGGCGGGGGCACAGGCAGUAGCACUGCGUCGCAAGAGCAAAUCCGACUCAGCGCUUUUGGCGGCGGCGGGCCGAGCGCCGUCGGCGGCGGCGCCGCUGGAGGCGUCGACGCCACGUCACUUGGGAGAUCCGCGACGGAAUCCGGCGGGAUGGGAGCACGAUUCGCCAGUGACAGCACCGCUCGGCUCGGUGCUUCAGCUGGUUCGACUGCUGGCGGAGCGGCGGCGGGUGCGGCGUCGUCCUUCCGCCUUCCCUGCGGAAGCUCAAGCGCGGGGCUGGAAGUCGCCAGCGCCAGCGCUCUAGACGCGUGGGAGAGUCUGCGCGUCUUGUCGACCGUCGGAUCCGGCGGAUCGGCUUCAGGGACGAUGAUGACAGGCGGGGAUUAUGCGGCGGCGAUGGCUGCUGCGUCGGGUAACGGUAACUUGGCGGGGGUGAUUGGCCUCCUGCGGGCGAUCGCUAGUAGCAACACUACUAGCGCAAGUGGCGGCAUGCUCUUAACGGAUCAUUCCGUCGGUGCUGGUGCCGCUGGCGCUCCGACUUCCGGCGAUGCGGUGAUGGCGGAGAAUUGGCACGCAUCAGCGCUGCGGAGUGCGCAGGCGGGGGACGAAAGGCUUGCGCCAGGCGGGGGAUUCGUUGGGGGCGACAGAACAGGGGGCGCGUUACGGGCUGGGAUGGAAGAGGGUUUGGCGGGAAUGAUGGAUGGCAGUGGCGGGUCAGAUAUGGAUGGGUUUCAUGCGGCUGCUCCUGCGCCUGCCCCUGGUGCUGCAGGUGGCAAUGCUGCUGGUGCUGGAGAUGGAAGAGGAGGGGAGAUGUCAUUAGCUGUGCAGAAUCACACCCUGCAGCAGCUGCUGCAGUCAGCAAUGGGUGUGCCACCGUCCCUGCCUCCUGCGGUGGCAGCAGCCGUGUCAGCAGCAGCGGCAGCAGCAGCUGCAACGGCUGGAGGCUCGCCCCUUUCUCAGAGCAACCACCAGCUGCUCGCCUCCCACAAGGGGCUACAGACAGACAGCGUUGCUGGCGCGUCCUUAAACCCGGAGAUAAACCCUGGAGGCUUGUUCUCUUCCUCGCCUUCCCUGUCGUCCCGCCUGCUCCAGUCCUUGCAUGCGUCAGCGCUUCUGCAGCAGGCGCAGCAACAGAACGGCAGUGCCACGCACCAUCUCCCGUCGUUCCACCCGCCGCACACCAACCACUCUCUCCACUCGAGCCUUCCCAUGUCAGAGCAGCAGCAGCAGCUGUUGCUGCUCCCAUUGAUCACGCAGCAACUGGCCAACAUGAACCGAGCAGGAGAGCAUGACAGCAACGCCUUGGCUCAACUGGCAAGCCUAUCUGCACCCUCUACUGGUGCUGCUUUUGGCUCGGCUGCUGCUGCUUCUCACCCUAUUGAUGGCGCUCAGCUCUCCUCUGAGCCCAGGGGUCUACAUGGCCUGGCACACGCUGUGGCUCGUGACGGGAAUCUUGACCUUGGGAAUGCCUUGUUCGACCGCGGACUUGGAAAUACUGGUUCUGGUGUUGCUGCCGCUUUUGGUGGUUCUGCAUUCGCCGCUAUUGGUGGUGGUGGUGGUGCUGCUGCUGUUACGCCUGGCAGCAGUGGAAGGGAGUUCCAAGCAGCUCUUUAUGCAGCAGGAGAGGGUGCAUACGGUCAGGGUGGGAGACUGCCGGGAGCAACAGCUUUCAUGGACGAAGCAACAGGUGCAGUGAACCUCCGGCCAGCUGACCUCUCGGCACACGAUGCAGCAAUGCUGCAGGCACUAUACGAGCCAGCUGCCCUCAUGACCGACGCUAACCCCACGGCCUUUCUCCGAGCCAGCCCCGCAAUGCCCUCGGUCGACUGGAACAUCGCUGCCGCGCUGCUGCAGGCUGCUGCUGUCCCCCCACACCCGCACACUCUGCAGCAGCAGGAGCGCUUACCAGGUGCACUGGGCGCUGGAGGACAGAUCUCGUCCACUGCUGCAGCAGAGGCGAGCGUGCUGAGAGACCAUCCAUCCACAGUCCCUCCCUCACUCUGGGCGGCUGCUGCUCGUGGAUUUCUCACUUCAGAUACUAAUGCCUCAGCUGGGUCCAACAUGGCACAUGCAGCAUCCAUGGCUAAUACCCAACCAACUCUGCACGGAUUAUCAUCGUCUGCCAUGCGAGCCCCAGCUGUCCCAGCCUUCAACUCUUUACAGCCAAUCAACACAUUUCCUGACCCUGUUGCCGCCUCUCAAGCAGGCUUCAUGGGUUCUCUUCCUGCUCCUGACCGGGUUGCUGCUCCAGGCCAUUUUUUGUCUAGAAAUACGGCACCCACCCCUGCUUCUGGCUCUGGCAAUCAGGAAAUACACUUGGAGGAGCCGAAUAUUCCCUUAGACUACACAGGAGGGGGGGGGGAACUUAUGGAGCAAGGCGACGAAGGGAAAGCAAUACUAGUGUGGCCAUUCGUCUCUGUCCUGCUCCACGCCGUUCCUCGCAUCCUAUGGACUGCCAUCCGCCGUCGCUGCCUCAUCGCUAAUGGCGCUCCUUGCGCAUCUCCGCGCGGCGUCUCGAAGAGUCGUUUCACGCGAGCCUACCGUCUUGAUCCGAACCUGGUUUUCCGGGAAAUCCGUUCCCCUGCCUGCCUCCGCUCUCCUCCCUUUCCGCUCGCCAACCAGCCACUCCCACUUGCUAAGCACAGCGGCGAAAUCAGAGGGCACAUCCGCAGCGCAGAAGGCAGCACGGAGUGCAGAGGCGAGUGGUGGGGCGCAAGGAGGGACCCCUGUUGCUCCCGCAUCCGCUAG